AUGAAUCGACCAGUCCUUGCUCGACCUCUGCCCGCCACAAAGGGAUAUGCUAUUGAGUUCAAGCCUAUCUUCCUACUUCUGGAAUGGUGUCGAAAUCUGAGGGAUCUUGCCCCAGAUUCCAAAGAUGAAAGGGUUUCACCCUCCAAUGGCAGUAGUCCUGCAGAUAUGGCUGUCCCAUUUGCGACCGAGACAUAUUUGCGAGGAUCACUCGAUAACAUUCCUAUGCUGGUUGAAGCAUGGACCUUUUGA